UAAAUCCAGCAAUGGCUUCCUCGCUGUCAGUGUUCCGGGGCUCCCCUGCGACUGCGCGCAUCGCCCAGGAGAAACUUCUGGAAGAUUUCCAGCGCGACUCGCAUCCUGACAAGGUGUGUCUCGCGCGCAGAGAAUAUGUAGGUGAGGAUGGCCAGCCCAUAGUGAUUCCUCUCAUCCAGAAGAUUAAACAACAAAUUGCCACUGACCCCACUCUACUUCCUGAGUACCUACCUCCACUUGGCAUGUCAGAAUUCAGCAUCAGGGCAUCGCAGCUGGCAUUAGGCCGGGACAGUCGUGCCAUUCUGGAGAAUAGGGUUUUCGGUGUACAGGCGGUGGGCAGCUCCGGAGCAGUGCGUCUGGGGGCGGAGUUACUGAAGGGCUGCUACUGCACCAACUCUUCUUGGGAUGGCCAUAUUCUCCUGUCUUCACCGUGUGACGAGUUAUUAGCUGGUAUCUUUGAAGCAGCGUGUUUCGCUGUGGUGAAACGCUACCGCUACUGGAACCCCGGGAGUUGCAAAGUGCACGUGGAGGAAAUAAUAGAGGACCUGGAGACAGCCCCGGAAGAAAGUGUGGUGGUUCUGUACACUUCGGGACACAGUCCUACCGGAGUUGAUCUCUCCCAGGAUGAAUGGAAAAGUGUGGCUGAAGUCAUGGUGAAACGUCGGCUUCUGCCCUUUUUCUUGCUUCCAGCUCAGGGUUUGUGCAGUAGGGAUGUUGAUCAGGACUCCUGGGGGUUGAGAUAUUGUGUAUCUUUGGGGAUGGAAGUGCUGUGUGCUCAGUCGUUCUCACACAACUUCAGCCUGUAUGGAGAGAGAGUGGCUCACCUCCUGUGUGUUGUGAAGGAAAACGCUGCGCUGGUGACUGUCCAAUCCCAAGUGGAGAAGAUCGUCCAUACACUGUGGUCCCGCCCCCCAGUGGAAGGUGCCAGAGUGGUGACAACAGUGCUCAGCAAUCCUGCACAUAUGGUGGAAUGGCUGGAAGGGCUAAAAGGUACAGUGGAGAGAUGCAUGCUGAUGAAGGAGCGCCUCAGAGAGAAGCUUCGGCUGUUAGGAAGCCCGGGUUCAUGGGAGCAGUUGAUUAAGUCGGGAGGACUCUACUGUUGUAUCGGACUCUCCGAUUCAUUCGGCGGAGAUCAAGCCAGGGAUCGACUUUUUUUGCCUAAAGGGAAGUUCGCAGUCACCAAACAGCACGUUCUGUGCACACAAAGGCGGUUAUUUACGCUUCGAUACAAACUGUUUUGCCAAGUACACAGACUCCUCUAAAAGGUGUUUCUAGUUGUUUCUAAGUUGUCCCGAACCUGCCUUAAAUGUCUCCUUUUAGGUAAAGUUUGAUAGAGAACCUGUAGCCGAAAACAGCAAUCUUUUCCUUUUUCCCUUAUUAUGGUACUUCCUUAUGGUUCUGAUAAAUUCUGAAUAAGUUCUGACUCAGACACAGUUUGUAAUUACAGCAAAAAAAGUCCCAUCGAUCCCUGACAGGCAUAACAAUAAAGUCACGUGUCUAACUAGAAAUUGUGACUU